GCCGCGGGAGCCGCCGGGCCGGCGGGGAGAGGCCGCAGGGCAUGCCAGCCGCCUGCCCCGAUGUUUCCCUGGAGCAAGUGGAAGAAGAGGAUGGGAGCGAGCGCCUCCUCCUCCAAGAGACCCGUCUUCGACGAGCGAGAGGACGUGAACUUUGACCACUUCCAGAUUCUCCGGGCCAUUGGGAAGGGAAGCUUUGGCAAGGUGUGCAUCGUGCAGAAGAGGGACACGGAGAAGAUGUACGCCAUGAAGUACAUGAACAAGCAGCAGUGCAUUGAGAGAGAUGAGGUGCGCAACGUGUUCCGAGAGCUGGAGAUCCUGCAGGAGAUCGAGCACGUGUUCCUGGUCAAUCUCUGGUAUUCCUUCCAGGAUGAGGAGGACAUGUUCAUGGUGGUGGACCUGCUCCUGGGAGGCGACCUGCGCUACCACCUGCAGCAGAACGUGCAGUUCACUGAGGAGACAGUCAAACUGUACAUCUGUGAGAUGGCGCUGGCCCUGGACUACCUGCGGAGCCAGCACAUCAUCCACAGAGAUGUAAAACCAGACAACAUCCUCCUCGAUGAACAAGGUCAUGCCCAUUUAACAGAUUUUAAUAUUGCAACCAUCAUUAGGGACGGGGAAAGAGCGACAGCAUUGGCUGGGACAAAGCCAUACAUGGCCCCAGAGAUUUUCCACUCCUUCCUGAGCGGCGGGACGGGCUAUUCCUUCGAGGUGGACUGGUGGUCCCUGGGCAUCAUGGCCUACGAGCUGCUGCGGGGCUGGAGGCCGUACGACAUCCACUCCAACAACCCCGUGGAGUCCCUGGUGCAGCUCUUCAGCACCGUCAGCGUGCAGUACUCCUCGGCCUGGUCCAAGGAAAUGGUCGCGCUGCUGCGCAAGCUGCUGACGGUGAAUCCUGAGCAUCGCUUCUCCUGCCUGGCGCACAUCCAGGCCUCGGCCCAGCUCUCGGGCGUGGUGUGGAGCGACGUGAGCGAGAAGCGCGUGGAGCCGGCCUUCGUCCCCAACAAGGGCCGCCUGCACUGCGACCCCACCUUCGAGCUGGAGGAGAUGAUCCUGGAGUCACGGCCCCUGCACAAGAAGAAGAAGAGGCUCGCCAAGAACAAGUCAAGGGAUAACAGCAAAGACAGCUCGCAGUCUGAAAAUGACUAUCUCCAGGAAUGCCUUGAAGCUAUCCAGCAGGACUUUGUCAUCUUCAACAGAGAGAAGCUAAAGAGGAGCCAGGAGCAGCCCAGCGAGUCCGUGUCUGCCUCUGAGAGCACCGAGGAGGCCGAGGCCGAGCCCCUGCACAUGUGCAGCUCCGUGUGCUCCUCGGGCAGCAGCUAGGCCGGGGCGGCCGCCGCCCUCACCUGUCCUCAGGUGCGCCGAGCACCCGAGCCCGCCGGACAGCACCGGCAGCUGCCCCGAGACUGGAGCACGCCAGAUUCACACAGGACUGCCCCUGCCCGUGGCGUGGAUGGCCAGCCCAGGAGCCAGAUUCACACCGGACUGCCCCGGACCAAGGAUGGCCAGGCCAGCCCAGCCCAGCUGCCCCCGAGAGCUGCAGCAAGCCAGAUUCACACAGGACUGCCCCGGCCAUGGCUGCCUGUCGGGGAAGAUAUGGCCUAUGCAACUUGUCAGGAGGAGAUCAACUUAUUUAGUCUUUCUGUUUUUGUGUCAGGUUGCUGAUCCACACGUUUUUAAUGCAGUGAGAGGACAAGGAACGAAGCCAUGUCCUUGGGCCCCACGGGGAGAGACAAGGAGCAGGGAGGAAGGCCGAAGAGGUGGUAUGAGCUUGGCUUUGGCACUCCCUGUUCACAAAUGCUGCUCUGGGGAUGGGUAAUCCCUGUGCAAACCAGAGCAGCCCCAGGGCUCUGGCACCAGCUCCUGGGAGCCUCCAGCUGCUUGGGUCCUGCAGCACAAGGGUGUCCCAAGCACCUCAUUGUCCCUGUGUCACCUGUCAGUUCCUUCAGAUUCAAGGCAAAUAAAUGUUUUGUGUGCACUCCACG